GCGACGAAACAUUAAAAGACAGCACAUUUGAAUUGUCUUUAAAAUUCGGUGUAAUUAUUUCUAGGUAAACUGUUUGUCUACUGACUUCAUACAGUCAACAACGAACGCACUGGAGAUCAUCAUCGGCGGUAAACGAUAGACCACGACGACGCCGACAAUUAAGAACGUCGACUAACAGUGCACACGAGUAAAACUCCUUCGUUAUUUUUUUUUAGAAGCGACGUGUAGCUACGUCGCGUUAAAACUACUCGUACGUAAAUAAUAUCCUUGUGCGUGCGAAAACAAGGUGCGGUGUGUUUAACGAAGCAAGAAAACAAAUUUGCAAAUUUAAACUAAUUGUUUAAAAAAAUUUAAACAAUUUAUUUAAGUAUAAAAUUUAAAUAAAAAAAAAAUUGCAUUAAGAACAUUGUGAAGUCUGUAUACGGAAUUCAAUUGAGUAGGUUUUGUGAAAUUCCUAAAUGAGAAUUUUACAAAACAAAAGGAUUACCAAAAUAUAAAAUAAACAAGUUUUUCGUAAAAGAAAACCCGAGAGGAGCGUAAGAGUUGAAGAUGGCUCCAAAUCUUAUCGGCAGCACUUUUCUCAUCGCCGAAACGGCAAUUACCAACAAUGACGCCAACAACAACAAACCAGCAACAUUAGCCAAGUCUAGCUGCAAAAGUAGCCACGAGACCACAGCAGUAAUGCGUCAAAAUUCUGCUAAGCCCGUGGCACAAACUCAAAGUAAAGCGGAUGGUGCAACAAAGGAACCAUAUAAGAUGGAAAUUGUCUGGUUCAAUGUAUUCCUCUUCGUGAUAUUGCAUUCGACAGCCUUCUAUGGUGCUUAUCUGAUGUGGGCUGAGAAUGCUUAUUUGGAGUUCUUAAUAGCUUACGGUUAUGCUGUGCUCGGCGGUUUGGGCAUUACAGCUGGUGUACAUCGCCUCUGGUCGCAUCGUGCUUACAAAGCUAGACUGCCAUUACGUAUUUUCCUCAUGCUUUGCCAAUCUCUAGCUUUCCAAAAUAGCAUAUACGAAUGGUGUCGUGAUCAUCGUGUACAUCACAAAUUCACCGAUACUAAUGGCGAUCCACACAACUCCGGCCGUGGUUUCUUCUUUGCCCAUAUGGGUUGGUUGAUGUGCAAGAAGCAUCCGGAUGUGAAAGAGCGUGGCAAGGCUAUUGAUAUGAGUGACAUUUGGGCUGAUCCCGUUGUUAGAUUCCAGAAGAGAUUCUACUUUGUCGUCAUGCCAAUCUGUUGUUUCGUGGUUCCCGCACUCGUCCCAUACUUCGUGCUAGGCUCAUCGCUUCAAGUUUGCUUCUUCGUUUGCUCCAUGGCUCGUUAUGCGCUCUCACUUCACGCCACUUGGUUGGUCAACAGCGCUGCUCAUUUCUACGGCAUGCGUCCAUAUGAGAAGAAUAUCAGUUCGGUCGAUAGUAAAACGGUGUCAAUAAUUGCUUUCGGUGAGGGCUGGCAUAACUACCAUCAUGUCUUCCCCUGGGACUACAAAGCGGGAGAGUUGGGCACAUACAAAUACAAUUGGACUACAGCUUUCUUAGAUUUAAUGGCACGCAUUGGUCAAGCUUACGAUUUGAAAUCGGUCUCACAAGAGAUGAUCUUGAAGCGUGUUCAACGUACCGGUGAUGGUUCUCACUCAUCUAUGAUCGAUGUGAACAACAAUAAUGUGAACAUAAACGAGCUCGUAUCGAAACUGGAUCAUGAGAAGGAAACGACUUUAGUUUGGGGUUGGGAUGAUCAGGAUAUUUGUGAAGAGGAUCGUGAAGGCGCUCUACGCGAGAAAGCCGAAUAAAGCGCUCGGAGUCUACAUUACAUACUUUCAUACCUUAUUUUAUUUUUAAUUUUAUUUUUAUUUUUAAUUGCAUACAUAUUUGAGCGAGUACAGUGUUUAAUUGGAAAAAAUUGUACUUGGCGCCUGUUGUAAGCUUCCUAUAGCUACUCAAGCGCGACCGUUAUCAUAAUGAUACAUAUGUAUGUAGUAGAAAUAUCAAAAAACAAAAACAAAAGCAAAAACUAUGCGCAAACUUAACGUACUUGGAAAUUAUACAAAGAGGGGGUUGGUGUAGCUCAUGACGCGACUGGUGUGUGGUGGAAAUCAAAUGGAAGAAUGUUCGCCCACGAGUACGCCGCUGCACACAAUUGAAGAAGAAAAUAUUUAUGAAAUGAUUUCUUCUUCGUUAAUGAAGCUGUAGAAUGUGAUGUUAUGAAGAGUGGAAGUUUAUGAAAAUUUAAAGAAGAAAAAGAACGGAGAGUUUAAUAUCAUAAUUGAACGCACGUACUUAUCGAGAGAAGAAGGUUAUAUGCGGCAUACAUACUUAUUAUUUACAUACUAUGUUAAGGGAGGUAGUUCACAUACUUACAGUGUUAAGGCUAGUUCUAAGGAGAUUGCUUGUAUAGAAUUUUAAGAUAUUUUUUUAUUUUUAUUUUUCAGUUUUGUUCAUACAACUUUCAUUGCAACACAUAUGCACUUUGUAUAUACAUAUAUGUGCAUAUGUGUGUAAUGAAGUGUUAGUUAUUAGUUUGCUUUAAAAUUUAUUUUGUACAUUACAAUAUAAACAAUAACCAAAAAUGUUAAGGUAAAUAAAAUAAAACAGAUUGGAAAAAA